GCUGCUCCGCUGAGGGGGGGAAAAGAAGGAGCUGGAGACAGAUUGUGGGAGCGAGCGCGGGCGGGCGGGAGGCGUCGGAGCUACCAGCGGCUCCGCUCUGCUAUAUGAAAUAUGGGAGACGACAGACCGUUUGUGUGCAAUGCCCCGGGCUGUGGACAGAGAUUUACAAACGAGGACCACCUGGCAGUUCAUAAACACAAGCAUGAGAUGACAUUGAAAUUUGGCCCAGCCCGAACUGACUCAGUCAUCAUUGCAGAUCAAACUCCUACUCCGACUAGAUUCCUGAAGAACUGUGAGGAAGUGGGACUCUUCAAUGAACUAGCUAGCUCCUUUGAACAUGAAUUCAAGAAAGCUGCAGAUGAGGAUGAGAAAAAGGCUGCUGCCGGACCCCUUGACAUGUCUCUGCCUUCCACACCAGAUGUGAAAAUCAAAGAGGAGGAGCCAGUGGAGGUGGACUCAUCCCCACCUGACAGCCCUGCUUCCAGCCCCUGUUCCCCACCACAAAAGGAGAAGGAGGUUGCUCCCAAACCUGUGGUGAUCUCUACCCCCACACCCACCAUCGUACGUCCUGGCUCCCUGCCUCUCCAUCUGGGCUAUGAUCCACUUCAUCCAACCCUCCCCUCCCCAACCUCUGUCAUCACUCAAGCUCCACCAUCCAACAGGCAGAUGGGGUCUCCCACUGGUUCCCUCCCUCUCGUCAUGCAUCUUGCUAAUGGACAAACCAUGCCUGUGCUGCCAGGGCCUCCGGUACAGAUGCCUUCUGUUAUAUCGCUGGCAAGACCUGUGUCCAUGGUGCCCAACAUUCCUGGUAUCCCUGGCCCACCAGUUAAUAGCAGUGGUUCCAUUUCUCCUUCUGGCCACCCUAUGCCAUCAGAAGCAAAGAUGAGACUGAAAGCCACCCUGACUCACCAAGUCUCCUCCAUCAAUGGUGGCUGUGGCAUGGUGGUGAGUACCGCCAGCACCAUGGUGACAGCCCGUCCAGAGCAGAGCCAGAUCCUCAUGCAGCAUCCUGAUGCCCCAUCCCCUGCCCAACCACAGGUCUCACCAGCCCAGCCCACUCCUAGUACUGGAGGCCGAAGGCGGCGCACAGUGGAUGAAGACCCGGAUGAGCGGCGACAGCGCUUUUUGGAACGCAACCGGGCUGCUGCGUCCCGCUGCCGCCAAAAGCGGAAGCUGUGGGUGUCAUCCCUAGAAAAGAAGGCAGAGGAGCUGACUUCUCAGAACAUUCAGCUGAGUAAUGAAGUCACGUUACUACGCAACGAGGUGGCUCAGUUGAAACAGCUACUGUUAGCUCAUAAAGACUGCCCUGUCACUGCACUACAGAAGAAGACUCAAGGCUAUUUAGAAAGCCCCAAAGAAAGCUCAGAGCCAACGGGGUCUCCAGCCCCUGUGAUCCAGCACAGCUCAGCCACAGCCCCCAGCAACGGCCUCAGUGUCCGCUCCGCUGCCGAAGCCGUGGCCACCUCAGUCCUCACUCAGAUGGCCAGCCAAAGGACAGAACUGAGCAUGCCCAUGCAGUCGCAUGUGAUCAUGACCCCACAGUCCCAGUCUGCAGGCAGAUGAUGCCUCCCCUGGUGGAGAGGUCCUCGGCCAGAGCUUGCCCGCCCAAGAGCCAAGAGAGAUGUCAUCUUACCACCUCCCGUCUGCCUCUGACGUGGCCUUAAGGGGGGAAACGUUGUGUGUUGUGAGUAUGGACAGAGGUGGGCUUUUCUCUUCCGCCGCAUGGUCGUGUCUGUCUGACACCUGUACUGGGGCUUCCCAGCCCCAGAGCCACAUAGCUCAUCCCCCCAGCGUGAGGUUCCUGAUGUACCCACAGCCAAAGGCCUUUCCAGAUGGUAUGGACAGUUGCCCGCCCCAUGCACGUAUACCUGUCUCUUUUAACACUAACCCUUACAGUUGUAGGUCGGGUGGUUUUCUCAGUUCCCUUGUCUCUAAGCCAUGGCUGUUAGUUGUUCCUUCCCAGCGUGCCACUUCCUGCUAGUUGGAGGCCGAAUCUAAUGGCUCGCUGCCCACUGCCCAGCCCCAGCCUCCCCAUGGACUCAGGACUUUGUCUCCCAGCAGCUGCUUAUUUAUCCUGUCUCCCCUUCCUGCAUUCUGGCUAGAACAUCUACCUGCAGAGAAUGCAAGGUCACCUCUGAUAUAUGAGGUAGCCAUCUUUUCCAGCUCUUCCAGAAGCUUUAUUCCUUCUCCCUGCC